AUGGCGGGCCGCCUCGGUGUUGCAGGUGAAGGCCUAGACUGGGCUCGGGACUUGCUGCCUCUGCCAUCUGGACGCUGCCUGGCUGAUCUCCUGGAGGGGCUCUCGCCAGCUGGCCUGGGUGCGUCGCGCUGUGCGGAUCGGCGGCGCUCGCGCCGACGGGCUGCAGAGGCGCGGCUGCAGGGCGGCAUCUCGACGCUCAACGUGCUGGGCGGCCGCGGCGAGGAGUGGGGCCCCAAAGUGCUGCCUGGUGCUAUCCAGCGCCAGGCUGUGGCCAGCUUGGCCCGGGCCUACUUUGCCAUGCCGCCGCCGCCCGACGACCUCACCGCCUCGGGAGCGUGGUCUGCGCUUCGGGGCUGCGGUUCCGGCUGCGCCGUCGCAGGCGUUGUCGCCGGAGAGUUCGCGACCUACCAGCGCGGCAGGCUUGCCCUGCCAGCGGUCGGUAACCAGGCGAUCGACCUCGUCAGUUGCCUGCCCGACCACUACCAGAAGUUGCUGGAGGAUAGUGGCCGCGCUAUUCGGCUACCAGCAGUGUGUACAAAGGACGUGGCGGCAGAGGUGGACGAGUUGGGCCCUGCGAUGGAUCCCAUCCUGGCUAGGUCGCCCAGCAAGUGCACCGAGUUUUUGAUGUCUGCAUUCGAAUCGGGUGUCGUCGAGCCGGCGACUGAGGUUCGCAGUUUUGUGGGAGUCUUCUUUGUGCGUAAGAAGGACGGCUUGUUCCGGAUCAUCUUCGACCCUCGGAAGACAAACUCGCAGUUUGUACCUCCAGAUAGUGUUGCUCUGGCGUCUCCUGAGGCCCUGGGUGAUCUGGAGUUGCCUGCAGGCCAGCGGUUGUGGGUCAGUGAGGGCGAUGUCGAGAACUGCUACUACCAGUUCCUGCUGCCUGACGACCUGAGGGCCGACUUCGUGUUGCCUGCGGUGCUUCGGAAGCUGCUGCCGCGGAGUCUGCGCCGCCUGUUUCCGCCCGGGCACGACUUCGUUCACUUUCAGGUGCGCGUGGUGCCGAUGGGCUGGAGCUGGGCCGUGGCGCUGGUGCAGGCGGCGAACGGGGAGCUGCUGCGAGCUGGUCCGCAAGGGGCCCGCCGCUGGAUCUGCAAUCGCCGCUGCGCGCCGGCUGUCGCCGGUCGUGAGCCCGGUGCUCUCCUGUACAUCGACAACUUCGCCUCGCUGGGGACCGUAAAGGAGACAGUCCAGCUUGACGGUGACUCGAUGGAGAGGCAGCUGAGGGGCCGUGGUCUGACUACUCACGACAUCUCGGGGCCGCAAGUUGACGUGGACCUGCUCGGGUUCCACAUCGACGGGGUGAAGGGGGCGAUUCGCAUCGCGCCCGAGCGGUUCUGGAGGCUGGUCAUGAGUCUGGACUACAUCCUGAAGCAUCCCCUCCUGACGGGAGCCGAGCUAGAGCGGCUGAUCGGGCAUUUGACGUACGUGCUGCUGCCACGACGCGAGGUGCUCAGCUUGCUCAGUGCGUUCUACGUCUUUGUCGGCAAGUGCUACUCUCGGCGCGUGCGGCUCUGGCCUUCGGUGCGCCGAGAGCUGACCUGGGUGCGAGCGCUGCUGCCGCUGGUGUGGGCGGAUCUGCGCGGCGCAUGGGCCCCCAGCGUGAUGGCCGUGGACGCCUCGAUGACUGGCUUGGGCGCGGUGGAGCGCUCCGCGGACCCACACGACGUCGGGCGCAUCGGCCGAGUUAGAGAACGCUGGAGGUUCAAGGAGCGCGAGCUGGUGGCCGAGGGCUCGCGUGCACGCGCCUUGCGUGAGGGGGCCGUCGGCGACUCCCCGCUCCCCGACGUGCCGUCGGACUUCUGCAAGGCCACCUCGUGGAAGACCGUAGCCUCGAGACGGUGGCGCCACCGUGCCCCCAUCCACCUUCUGGAGGGCGAGGCGUUGCUGUGGGCCAUGCGGCGGCAGGCGAGGGCCAGUGCCAGACGCCCCCGGUCGACUGCCUUGCCGUGGCACCGCCUCCUGGGCUCGAGCGUGUCAGGACUGGAGCUGGAAGCGGUGAGGCCCUCUACCCAGCAGAACUACCUGAAGUGCCUCAGUGGCCUCUGCAACUGGCUCGGAGUGGAGACGCUGCCCAGCUGGAGCGCGCUGGAGUGGGACGACGCCCUGCUGCAGUACCUGAACGACGAGUUCGCGCAGGGAGGGCGGCCGAACAGGGCUGCGAAGCUGCUGUCGGCGGUGCUCUGGGCGCGACCGGCGCUGGGGCGGCCCCUGCGGGUGGUGCUGCCAAGGAGCAGCCGGGCGCUGCUGGGCUGGAAGCGCAAGCGGCCCGGCCACUCGCCCCCCGCUCCCGUGCAGGAGGUGGCGAUGGCGUGCGCUCUCUGCCUCACGUUCCACUGCUACCUUCGGCCCGGAGAGCUCCUGGCGAUGAAGGCUUUUCAGCUGGUGCCGCCUGCGGCCGGGCUGCGGGGCGGAUUUCGCUGGUGGACGCCGCUGCUUCAUCCCGAGGAGCUGCUGGUGCCCAGCAAGACAGGCGAGCUGGACGACCCCCUGCCGCUCGACGCGCCCGAGCUCCAAUGGCUUGCCCCCGCGCUCAGGGAUCUCAAGGCGCGGCUGGAGCCCCGCGAGCCGCUGUGGAGUUUCGGCUACGCGCAGCUGCGCGAGGAGCUCGAGAACGCGCUGGCGGUGCUGGGACUUCAAAGCCUCGGUGCCACGCUGUACUGCCUACGGCACGGAGGAGCAAGCCACGAUCGGAUCGUGGGAAGGAGGUCACUCGAGGAGGUGGCCAAGCGAGGCAGGUGGCGAGCUCGCCUGUCCGUGCGGAGGUACGAGAAGCACGGCCGCCUGGCGCUGCAAGUGGCGAAGGUGCCGCCCGUGGUGCAGGAGCGGCUGCGACUCAGCAUGCAGAGGCUGCCGCAGCUGUUCGCCAGCUGCUCAACGCGACGCUCCACAGAGUGCGCCUGGGGCGAGACAGGGUCGCCGUCGAGGUCUUCGCUGGGUCAGGCCGCCUCGCCUCGGCGCUUCGUGCCAGAGGAAUCCCCACGGUCGAGUGGGACAUCGUUCGAGGAGCGCAAUUUGAUCUCACCAAGGCGUCAAGUGUCGAAGUUCUGA